AUGUGUGUUCUAUCGACUUUCGCGUCACGACUGUUACUGUUGUCUUUUCGACUAUUCCGUUCCUGCUUUUCGACUCUCCCGUUUCCCCAUCACGCUCAACAACUACCCCCGACUCCGGCUAUUGUUGGUUCCUUCCGUAAAUCUUGUCUAGAUUACAGAUCAACGACGACUCCGACUUGCGGCCCACGUGUCUUAGAAACGCGCACGUGCCCUACCAGGAACGAAUCCGUUGCAUUUGUGUAUUUUGAUGCCAUUGUUAACUUAUUUCCAGCCUUUCUUUAUUUAGCUUUCCUUUUUUUUUUCUUUUAUAAUUUCUUCUUUGUGACCAUAUAUUUUGGCUUCCGUUCACGCUGUCAUUUUGCCUGCUUCAAAACGAUUCUAGCCAACUCCGCCAGCUUUGUUUUUCAUUCUUCAUUUCAGUUCUCUCCAUAUCUAUCUAUCUAUCUAUCUAUCUAUCUAUCUAUCUAUCUAAUUCUGUUCAAUAUCUAUCUAUCAAAUUCUGUUCAAUAUCUAUCUAUCAAUCUAUCUAUCUAUCUAUCUAUCUAUCUAUCUAAUUCUCUUCGAUAUCUAUCUAUCUAUCUAAUUCUGUUCAAUAUCUAUCUAUCUCUCUUCGAUAUCUAUCUAUCUAAUUCUUUCAAUAUCUAUCUAUCUAAUUCUCUUCGAUAUCUAUCUAUCUAA